GGCAUUUUAGACAGAGUGCAAGAAGAAGAAGAAAGGAGGAACCAUUGCUUAGACCUGUGAGAGCCGGCCACCAUUAUGGGAGAGUGGUCCAUGCUAUCUGAGAUGUUGGACAAGGUCCAGUUGCACUCAACUGUCCUAGGCAAGGUCUGGAUGAGCGUUCUUUUCAUCUUCAGAAUCUUCAUCCUGGCAGCUGGCGUGGAUCAAAUAUGGGGAGAUGAACAAGCAAACAUGGACUGCAACACCCAUAGCCCGGGCUGCAAGAAUGCUUGCUACGAUGCGUCCUUCCCCAUCUCUCACACACGCUUCUGGGUCCUUCAGAUUCUCAUCGUCUCAACGCCUACUUUGAUCUAUUUGGGCCACGUCCUGCUGGUUAUUCGCCAAGAGAACAAGCUCAGGAGACGCUUGGAGCUAAAGUGUGACCGAAAUGGGUUGAUCAAAUCCCCCAAAUACUCUGACGAACACGGGAAGGUGCGUCUCAAAGGCUCCCUGUUGGUCAGCUACAUGAUGCAACUCCUGGUCAAGGUCCUGCUUGAAGUCGCCUUCAUCGUGGGUCAGUACUUCAUCUACGACUUCAUACUCAUGCCUGAUUAUAUAACCUUUCAAGGCGGCAGCUGCCAAACACCCACAAACUGUUUCAUCAGUCGUCCGACAGAAAAAAGUGUAUUUAUCGUUUUUAUGUUGGCGAUGGCCGUCCUCUCUGUGAUCCUGAACAUUGUUGAAAUGUUCUACCUGAUGAUAUCUAAAAUAGGAGAGAGGAAAAGAAGGAGAUCUGCUUUAAUUCUGAACCAGUAGAUAAUAAAUAGAAUACUAAUAAUAAAACAAAUGAUUGAAAGACUGUUUAUCUGAUAAGGCAGGGGUGUCCAAAGUUCGGCCAGGGGGGCAUUUGCAGCCCACAGCUAUUUUUUUAACGGCACG